GGCGUGAUGAGACGUCGGCGCUCCCACAACAGGAAGAAGAAGAAGGUGAGGAACAGGAGGAAGUAGAAGAAGAAGUAGUAGAAGAAGAAUAAUAAGUGUGACCAUGACGCUGGGAGACUGUUGGAAACAACUGAACUGGUUUUAUUACCAGUACCUGCUGGUGACCGCCCUCUACAUGCUGGAGCCCUGGGAGCGGACGGUGUUCAACUCCCUGCUCGUCUCCGUGGCCGGCAUGGCCGUCUACACCGGCUACGUCUUCAUGCCUCAGCACAUCAUGGCCAUCCUGCACUACUUCGAGGUCGUCCAGUGACACGAUGACUCGUCCGUCCACCCGCUGGUCCCCGUCUGUCUCCGGCUUCCUGUCCGUCCAUCUGUCUGACUGCCUGUCUGUCUCUCCUGGAUGUGAGGUGGGGAGCAACUCUCCUCCUUCUCUAAAGCUAAUAUAAUAUCAUAGGUCAACUCUGUGGACGUCAUGCUGGACAGGUUGUCCUCCGGGACGGUGUCUCCUUCACUCGUCUGAAACGUGAACAGAGUCUGGUUUGGACUCGAGGCCACGGACGACUGAGCGAAGUUUUGAUUCAUGUCUUUUUUCUUUUUAAUCACUGGAAUCAAGCGCACCUUACAGUUGGGAGGCGACUGGACUAUUAUAUUUUUAUUCCCUCAAGAUUUCAGAGUGUUGUUGUCUGAAGAGUUUGAUUCAGGAGCAAGAAACCAGAGCAGCUGAUGGAGAAAAUCAUUUUCUACUUGUUUUGAGCCCAAGCUGAUGAUCUGUGAAUGGAUCCUGGUGGUUUGGACCCAGUGGACGGUCACUGCUGGGAACCAUCACCCUCCAGCUGUUUCCAUUCUCCACCUUUGUUCUCAAAGACGGUGACUUCCUGUAGAAACGAAACAGUCAUUUGUUUUGUUGUAUUAUCGCUCAGUUUAUGAUUCCACCGUUUUUUCUUCAGCACAAAUGUGACAAAAGUCUGAAUCAGUGAAUUUCUUUUAUUUUUCUUCUGUGAUUUGAAAAUGUAAAAAUAGUUUGAAGCCAAGUUCCUGUUUUUUGAGACCUGAACUGGACGUCGCCUUGAAAACAGCCUUAAAGAGUCUAAAACACAAAGUGAGGUCUAAUGUUCAUUAAACGCUGCUUGUGUAACACUUAACAAUGAAUUUUUAAAAGAAAUAUUUUGGCACCAUGUAAAGUUCA